CUCUCUCUAUCUCCGCAGUCUUUCAGUCUUUGUUUCUCUCUCCCACCUCAAUGCAUACACUCCUCCAUUGACGCGACAAAUCUUGCGACCUCGCAAAGCUCAAAUCUUUCGUUUCCCGUUCUCGCAAGUUCCUCGCUUCUCGGAUCCGUGUCCUGAAUCCUGAUCAGCCCCUUUUUUUUUUGGAUGAACCCUAGCCUCAUAUCGUAGGAAAUGGAUCCUCCACUUGUGAACGAAUCUUCCUUCUCCGCUGCAAAUCCUUCGUCUUACACCCUCUCUGAGAUUUGGCCUUUCCCUGCCAACGACAGCCUCCGUUCUGGGCUCCGUUUGUCGGUCAAUUCCGACGGGUUAGCUGAGUUUUCAGGCAACAAGGGCAUAUCGGCCGAGGAAUCUACGGUGACGGAGCACAGCGGAGGCUGCGGAGGGAGAAAGAGAAAGGAUUUGAGCUGCGAGGACGAAUCUUCCAAGAUGGUCUCUUCGAGCAGCCGGGGUAAUCGAUUGAAUGAAUUGAGCGAGAAAAAAAGGAAAAUUUCGGGGUCUGAAAGUGAAAAUGGGGAUGAUGCAAGACCUGAAGGCGAGACAAGUUCUGGCGGUGGAAGCAAAGCUAUGGAACAAAAGGGGAAACCUGAGCCACCAAAGGAUUACAUCCAUGUGAGAGCGAGAAGAGGGCAAGCUACUGACAGGCACAGCCUAGCAGAGCGAGCUAGAAGAGAGAAGAUCAGUGAGAGGAUGAAGGUUCUUCAAGAUCUAAUCCCGGGGUGUAACAAGAUUAUCGGUAAAGCUCUUGUGCUUGAUGAGAUUAUCAAUUACAUUCAGUCGUUACAACGGCAAGUUGAGUUUCUCUCAAUGAAGCUAGAAGUCGUCAACUCGGGUAUGGGCGUCGGUCCGACUGUUGGAGUUUUUCCUUCUGGAGGCAUUGGCGCUCACCCGCUCGACGUUCAGAGGACUGUAUUUGACCAACGAGAAGCCGAGGAAGGACGAGGGCCUCAGCCAGAGUGGCUGCAGAUGCAGGCUGAUGAUGGGAACUUUGAAUAAUCUUUUUCUUAUGUUUAUGUAAUUAGCAAUUUUAGGCAAUAGAGGGACUUAACCCUUGAUUCUUUUCCUUGUAUUAUUUCCACUAUCUGACCAAACUAAAAUCAUCACAGUGUUGUGCCACCAGGUAUCUUCUA